AUGGUCAGCCCACGAGACUUUCACAAUGACCCACAAACUUCAAUUGCGUUGGCUUUGCUUCUCGCAGUAGCAACAAGCUACCUCUUCCGCCGAGAGGACGAACUUUUGUCAGAGAUUAUCUGUUGGGCAUGCUUGCCGAUGAUAUUUGGAGCCAAUAACUUUAGAGAACAAGCCCGUGCAGAUCUACCGACCAGGAGUGAGACUCAGCAUACUCUCCCCUCACCGUUAUCGCUGUGGGCUGUUGCGGGUUGUCUUUCUAUCGCAUCCGGAUGUCGAGCUGAGGCGGAUAGUUUCAAGCUCUUGCCUAUCUUGACCCCCUUGCUGCUUUGGACAGAUGGAGCCCUCGAUCGAAAUUCUCAGGGGCGCGAUCCCACCGACACUUCAAAGUUAGCCCCCUUAUCCAGUAAGCUCUGGACAGCAUCACUCGCUGCAACUCUUUUGACCUUUGUUCUGAUCGACUGGAAUUACUCUGGACUUGUGCCCUCUGGCGUUGCGACUGGCGCAUCUUUCAUCGCCUAUGUUUCGUUCCAAUCGAGACCAAGGGGCGGUCACUUCUUACCUCACCUGAAUCCCUUCGAGGAGCAUGUUUACUCUCUUGCACCAAGAGUGGCAGGAGUCCUUUUAGUUGGUAGUCUUGCCAGAGUAUCCGUCUUUGGCCUUCCACGAUCUAGUCCCCUGUACGCUUUGUUUCUGGGACUGGUAAAGGCACUUUCCUGGCGAUGGGCUGCCAGAGCUGCUCGUCACACGUCAUGGACUCUUCUGACUAUGGUGGCCACCUUUGGUCUUCUAGUAACGCGCGAUCCGUUCGAAAUCACAUUUGAGAGCCAGGCAUUGUUGAAUGCUGUAUCUGCCUUGCUGUGCCUCGGCCAGAUUGCCGGUUUCGUCCCCAGACACAAACGCCCAACGCGAUUCUUGUAUUCUUGCAUCAUGCUGCCGAUUAUACCCUAUGUAGCCAAUAUUAUGGCGAUUUAUCACGCGCGAACCGAAGCUGCUACCUUCACCGCGGAUACGCCACACCCAGUCAGGGCCCUGUACAAUAAAGCACAGAAAGAGUUCGAGAACCAAUCUACGAGGCAAUCCACAUCCUUCGACGCCGCGUCGCAUAAUUAUCAGCAUAAAUACGGUAUAGAGCCACCGUCAGGCUUCAAGGGAUGGUACGACGCUGCGCGUUCUAAUGGUUCACCAUUGAUCGAUGAUUUCGAUUCAUUAUAUCAGACAAUAUCGCCGUUCUGGAGGCUAAGCGGCAGUCAGGUUCUGGAUGCCAUGCUUCAAGCGAAAAGCCUCCCUGGAAGCGAUUUGUGGCUUUGCACGUUCUCAGGGACAUCGUCGACAACAACCUGUAGUCACUCCUAUCGUACUUUUGACAGGCAUGUGUCGCGUAUGUUCAACAACAUCUUGGCCAACUUCACUGGGCUUCCUGAUGUGACGUUUCUUGUCAAUCACAUCGAUGAACCUCGUGUCAUUUCACAGCCUUUCCCCGAAGCAUCUUCCCCGCACGAUCGAAGGAUAACUGUGGGAGAUCGCAGCCGACAUCCUAUAUGGGACUUGUUGACCAAGAACUGUGGCCCUCGUGAGAGAGAAGCCGAAGGCCAAGACAACAUCGAUACCUUUGGCCUGCCAUUCGUGACCAACAUCUCUUCGGCCCAAGAUCUCUGUCAACACCCAGAGUACAGCGCCUCACAUGGUUUCAUGAUGAGCCCCGUCUCAUUUCGCCCAAUCCAUGGCCUGGUUCCUAUCUUCUCAACCGGCAAACUAUCCACAAUGAGUGACAUCCUCAUUCCGAGCCCAGCGUAUACUGAGCAAGAGUUCAUUUACGACGAGUCGAAAGAUGUUGAUUGGGACCGAAAACGAGACAGCCUCUACUGGGCUGGCUCGAAUACUGGGGGUUUCGCGCUUGAUACCCACUGGCAGCUCUUCCAUCGACAAAGAUUUGUUGAGCUGACGCAAAAUUUGAGAACGAACAAAUUUUACAACUACCUACGAACGAAGGGUAGUGCCGUGCAGAAAGUCAAAUCUUCCUUUCUGAAUGGAAGACUGUUUGAUGUCACCUUCACCCGCAUCUUCCAAUGCCAGAGAAAAGCCUGCAGGGACCAAGAUGCCUAUUUUGACACCAAAUCCUGGGUAGAUAAAGAUGAAGCCCUCAAGUCAACGCUUGCCUUUGAUAUCGACGGCAACGGUAUCAGCGGCCGUUAUUACAAGCUACUUGCUUCCAUGUCGGUGCCAAUAAAGCAGACAUUAUUUCAAGAAUGGCACGACGAUCGACUAAUACCUUGGCUGCACUAUGUACCUGUCAGUCGAAGUAUGGAAGAGCUCCCAGAGCUUGUCUUUUAUCUCACCUCGACUCCAUCCGGAAAGGAGGUCGCGAGGCAAAUCGCACGGCAAGGUCGGCAGUGGCAUACGAGGGCGUUCCGCGAAGUCGAUAUGGGUCUCUAUGUUUACAGGCUGCUGUUGGAGAUGGCAAGGCUUCAAGAUCCUCAACGGAAAGCAAACGUUCCUUGGGAAUAA